CUUUCCUUCUGUCAUGUCAGAUUUAUUGUUGUUGUUUACUUUUAAUUGCUUAUUUAUACUUAAAUCAUCGUAACGUACGAAACGUGUACGAAAGUUUUUAUGUAAAACAAAUAAAUAACUUUUGACUUAAAACGUGAUUUAUUAAAUAUCUUCACAAAAAAGUAAUAAGCUGUAAUAUCAAGAAGAUCUCAAGUAAUUUUCUCUAUUGCUGUAAAUAACUCCAGUUAAGCCAUCACCAAUAUUAUGGCAUCAGUAUCAGGCACCAGUGGUGUUGCAGGGCAGGAGCAGGAUGACUCCUCAUCUUCCAAUCACUCUGAGUGUGAUCCUACAGAGGUGCUGGAUGACACACAGCUAAAUAAUGAGGUACAACCAGCUAAAGAUGAGUUGACUGCAUUCCGUCAGCAAUGGCUGCAAGAGCUGGACUCCGUGCCAUUCCCUUAUGUUGGGAAGGCAGCAGUGAUACAGCUUACUGAUGAGAAGGUAUCAUCAGGGACCGCUGGCUCAGUCGCCAGUGGGUCGGUGGACAGCACAGGGAAGGUCAAGAAGCAGAAGGAAUCCUCUGUAUGUGAAACCACAGAAGAGCUGGAUAACCUGCAUAUUGACAUUGAGAAUAAGAACACUGAAGACAAGUCCCCUCAGGAGGUCUCUUACAAAAAAAGACGUCGAAAGUUUGAUCCACGAACACCAGAUGAGGAGAAGGCCAAAGAGUUUUACCUACGGGGCUUGCAAAUGGAGCGCGGCGGCAAGCUGUACGCAGCCAUACCGUACUACAAGCGAGCCAUGACCCUGAAGCCCGACAUAGAAGUGCGGAUCACCAACAGCUCCGCCAUAAGAUUGCUCGCGGAAAAUGCUUCGAAUGAGACCUCUGUGCUUAAAGUACUCACACCUAAAGGUGGACAUGUAGUUAAAGCAAAAAAACCUGAGACAGAGGAAAAGAGUUCAGACAGCGAGGACGAGGAUGUGGUGGAGGGUGAAGAGCUGGUGAGCAGGCUGCAAAGGAUCCUCAUCAAGAAGGGUCGUCUGUUUCGACCAGCGAAACAUACUGAGGGUGCACACAUCUCGUGGCUGCCGUAUGAGGUGGUGCAGCUGGUGCUGCGGUGGGUGGUGGGCGCGGAGCUGGACGCCGGCUCGCUGGAGCGCGCCGCCGCCGCCUGCCGCGGGCUGUACGUGGCGGCGCGGGAGCCCGACCUGUGGCGGUGCAUGUGUGUCAGGACUUGGGGCAAGAAGUGCGGCGCGCCCGCCGACAGCGGCUACACGAGCUGGCGGCACAUGUACAUCGAGCGCGCGCGGGUCAAGCUCAACGGCUGCUACAUCAGCAAGACCACGUACAUGCGGCCCGGGGAGAACACGUAUCAAGACCCCAGCUACCAGGCGUGGCAGUACGUCGACUACUACCGUUACCUCAGGUUCUUCCCCGACGGAGUGGUGUUGCUGCUGACCACGCCGCAGCCGCCGGCCGCGUGCGUGGCGCGCCUGCAGCGCCGCGAGCUCAAGGGCAACCUCGGCGUCGUGUCGGGCCACUACCGCCUCAAGGGCGACAUGGUGGUGAUCGUGGCGAAGAAGGCGGGCAGCGACAAGCCCCCCGCCCCCGCCGGCAGCGCGCGGCACCCGCAGCCCGCCGAGCAGCAGCCGCACGUGUUCCAGAUGGAGCUGCAGGUGCGGCCGCUGCACGGCAGCCGCCACAGCAAGCUGUCGUGGCGGCGCUACGCCGUGGCCACGCGGCGCGACCAGUGGAGCGACAUCGAGCUGGCGCCGGGCCGGUUCCCGCCGCUCGUGUUCAGCGCCGUGCGCGCCUACACGGCCGAGGCCAGCGCGCCGCUGCUGCAGGCCAAGGUGUAAAGUACUGCAGUCAUCUUCAGCUGAACCUGUGAAUGGGGCUUUUGAAGUGUCAACACUAGAGACCGGACUAUGUGAGACCGCAUAUUGCAUACUUACAUAAUAUAUGUACCUGCAAAUAUGACUUUUUCAAUGGUUAAUGCAUAUUUUGACUAUAAGUCAGCGAUAUUGCACAAUGUCCUACUAUGUUUACACUCUUUUGAGAAUUGUUAUAAACAAUAACAACAAUUUAUGUCACAUUAUUAUUAGAUAGAUAAAGUUUUACCAGAAACAAGUACAACUGUAUUACAAAAACUAAUACUGCAGUUAUUCAGUCUUCAGUAUGUGUGGAAUAGUCGUUUUUAAUCGACUUUAUAAAUAGAGAAGGUUCUUCAUCCGUCGGAAUUUAAUUUAUUUUUCAUGUAUUUGUACAUAUUCGUUGGUUACUCCUGGACUGAUUUGGAAAAUUCUUUAUGUCACAAAGAAUAUACUCCCCACAAAGGAUUCCAUCGUCUUUAAGUCAGGUUCUGAUGAAAAAUUUAAAGUUUGUACAUUUUAUUUAAUUUGAAACUAUUAGGUUAUGAGAAUAUUUUGGGCGCUCGAAGUCAAUUGAAUAAAGAUUUGUAAUAAUAGGAUAAUUUAUACACAUUUAUACUCUAUACAGGGUGAUUCGGUCUUUAGUGCGGAUAUUUUUUUUCGUGGUACUGUAUCAUUAAUAGAAUAUAAAUCUACAAACAGUUCGAUACAUUUUAUGUAAUUUUUUUUUUAAUUUAUGUCUCUAAAAUAACAAAAUAAUGUACAUAUUAUUACUAAACAAGAUAUAUUCAGCUUAAAAGUGAUCUGGUGACGUUCUUUAGGUAUCAAACGAAAAUAAAAUAAACGCACAAUAGGGUGACCCUAAAAUUCUGUUCAAAAGUAAAUAACUUUAGCUAAAGAUAAUUUUGUUAUUUUUGAGUUAAAAAAAAAAAGAAAAAAUACGUGAUCAUUAAAUUUUGUUUAUGUACAAAAUAUAAAAAUAUCCGCACUAAAAAAAUUUUCUUCCUGUAUAGGUAUACAAUAACAAUAAAAUGAUUACUAUAGAUUGUGUUUUUUAAAACAUAAUCUAAUUGUAUACGAGUAUAACUUGUUGUUACAUAUUGUACAACUUUUUAUGUGUAUUUCAUGUUUGUUUUCUUUUUAUGAAUGUUCAUGUUUUUAUAUUGCAAUUUUUACGUUAUUGUAAGGUAAUGGUGAUAAAUAAAGUAUUAAACUUAGAACUAAGGUAACGACCACAUCUGACAUAAGGACAGUAGUGUGUGACGGCAGUUUUUUGCCUUUUUAUAAAUGCAAUGAAAUAUUUCGUUUAUAUUUGUGGCGUCCUCUGAUUUCAUACACCGCCGAGGACCUCUAAUAAUAAUGUUUUUUUCUUCCCUUUAAUAAUAAUGUUCCUUUAUUUCAAAGAAUUCUGUCAGCAGCCGAAAGUUGCAAAGUUUAUUGUGAUAACCGUGUCUCAGAUAGCAUGUAAAAUAUUUAGUUCAGUUGAUCAGUUAACAACUCAUAGUGGCAGUGCCGGAUUACGGAAACUUGAUGCAAUCUUCCCCUGUAACACCCCCUUCAUCCUUAAUCUACCCUUACAAUUUAUUAAUAAGAAAUGGUAAUAUAUACCCACAGUAGGCAGGAUAUUUAUCAACAAUGUAAAUUUAAAACGCGCGGAUUUUGAUUAUUACUUUUACGUUUUACAUUUUUAGGGUUCCUAACGUACGUACGUAUAAAAACGGAACCCUCGUUAUUCAGAACACUCAGCCGUCUCCAGUGCCCCCUAGACGGGAUGUCCUAAGGAAUUUCUUAAAUAGCUUGGAGGCUAAUCCAGAAUUUGGAUAGUGAUGUAAUAAUCACUAUCAGUAUGAAAGACCGUCCUAAACUAAACAGAGUGAAGUAUUAUCCUAAGUCCGUCAGCUCGCAUGGUAGCAGCGUAGCACAGUCCUGCUAUAGGCGGGUGGCAUUUAUUAAUAAAAGGGUUCCAAUGGUGCCCAUAUAAAAGAAACAAGAGAAAGUUUUAACACAAAACUAUAGCAUUUAUUUUUUUUGUAUUUGAAUGAACAGAAGAGCCGUUUAUUAUUCAACUAUUUUUAUAAUAUAAGGAUACUAAAAGUAUUUAAAUCUAGUCUUUGAUAUUACAAUAUUAUGUAUUAAUUGUAUAAAUAGACACAUUCUUGACAAAAUGAGCUUUAAUGUAAAGGAAAUUAUUUUUAUUUAUAUUUACAAUGAUUUUAUUAUAAUUGUCGCCGCUAAAACUAUAUACAUAGCUAACUACAACCCGUUCAAAAUGUAAUUUUGUACGGUUACUGUUCAACACUUAUUGUUUCUGUAAUAGGACUACAAUAAAGUUGUUAUAAAA